UCGCGCGCCGCGGGCCGGCUUUGUGGAGCGCUGCGCAGGGUGCGCGCCGGGCCGCGGCCGUGAACAAAGGAGCAGGGCGCCGCCGCGGGGACCCGCCACCGACCUCCCGGGCCGCGCCAGGGCCCUCCCGCCCGCCGCCACCAUGACCGCCAACGGCACUGCCGAGGCGGUGCAGAUCCAGUUCGGCCUCAUCAACUGCGGCAACAAGUACCUGACGGCCGAGGCGUUCGGGUUCAAGGUGAACGCGUCGGCCAGCAGCCUGAAGAAGAAGCAGAUCUGGACGCUGGAGCAGCCGCCCGACGAGGCGGGCAGCGCGGCUGUGUGCCUGCGCAGCCACCUGGGCCGCUACCUGGCGGCGGACAAGGACGGCAAUGUGACCUGCGAGCGCGAGGUGCCGGGCCCCGACUGCCGCUUUCUCAUCGUGGCUCACGACGACGGCCGCUGGUCGCUGCAGUCCGAGGUGCACCGGCGUUACUUCGGCGGCACCGAGGACCGCCUGUCGUGCUUCGCGCAGACCGUGUCGCCGGCCGAGAAGUGGAGCGUGCACAUCGCCAUGCACCCGCAGGUCAACAUCUAUAGCCUGACCCGCAAGCGCUACGCGCACCUGAGCGCGCGGCCGGCCGACGAGAUCGCCGUGGACCGCGACGUGCCCUGGGGCGUCGACUCGCUCAUCACGCUGGCCUUCCAGGACCAGCGCUACAGCGUGCAGACGGCCGACCACCGCUUCCUGCGCCACGACGGGCGCCUGGUGGCGCGCCCUGAGCCCGCCACCGGCUACACGCUCGAGUUCCGCUCCGGCAAGGUGGCCUUCCGCGACUGCGAAGGCCGCUACCUGGCGCCGUCGGGGCCCAGCGGCACGCUCAAGGCGGGCAAGGCCACCAAGGUGGGCAAGGACGAGCUCUUCGCCCUGGAGCAGAGCUGCGCCCAGGUCGUGCUGCAGGCGGCCAACGAGAGGAACGUGUCCACGCGCCAGGGUAUGGACUUGUCAGCCAAUCAGGACGAGGAGACCGACCAGGAGACCUUCCAGCUGGAGAUCGACCGCGACACCAAAAAGUGUGCCUUCCGCACCCACACGGGCAAGUACUGGACGCUGACGGCCACCGGGGGCGUGCAGUCCACUGCCUCCACCAAGAACGCCAGCUGCUAUUUUGACAUCGAGUGGACUGAUCGGCGGAUCACACUGCGUGCGUCCAAUGGCAAGUUUGUGACGGCCAAGAAGAACGGGCAGCUGGCCGCCUCGGUGGAGACAGCAGGGGACUCGGAGCUCUUCCUCAUGAAACUCAUCAACCGCCCCAUCAUUGUGUUCCGCGGGGAGCACGGCUUCAUCGGCUGCCGCAAGGUCACGGGCACCCUGGAUGCCAACCGCUCCAGCUACGACGUCUUCCAGCUGGAGUUCAGUGACGGGGCCUACAACAUCAAAGACUCCACAGGCAAGUACUGGACAGUGGGCAGUGACUCCUCGGUCACCAGCAGCAGCGACACCCCCGUGGAUUUCUUCUUCGAGUUCUGUGACUACAACAAGGUGGCCAUCAAGGUGGGCGGGCGCUACCUGAAGGGGGACCACGCGGGGGUCCUGAAGGCCUGCGCCGAGACCAUCGACCCCGCCACUCUGUGGGAGUACUAGCCUGCCGCCCAGCGCCCUGUCCCCGCCCUGCCCAGACCCUUCUGCUAAUAACUCUUCUCCAGCUGGGCUCCGGUGUUGUGGCAAGUCCCUUGCCUUUCAAACUGGAAACCCAGAGGAAAUGGUGCCCCCACCUGCUGCCCCGUGCCUGGUCCUUGGAGGGGAUCUCAGACCCCUCUGCCCUCUCUCCUCUCUGCCAUGGGCGAGGCUGGCACCCCUUUCUUCUGACCUCAGACGACUCUGAGCCUUAUUUCCUCAAAGUGGCCAAGGAGGGCGGGCGGCGCUGGGAGGCCUUCCUGAGCCCCUGGGCCUGGCGGGGUGUGUAACUGGAAUCUUCUGCCCCCUCCCAAGAGCCUCUCCCCACCUGCCCCUUCCCGGGAGCUGGGCGCUUGCCCCCAGCUUAUCGGAGCCCCUGGUGCACCAUCCCUGCGGCGGCGGGGGGGGGGGGGGGGGAGGCUGUGGGAGGGGGAGGGGGUGAAAGCAGCGUGUGCUGGCUGCUGGCCCCUCUGCACCCGCGGCCUGCCCGCCUGCCCACCGCUGUGGUCUGGGGCCCUGCCGUCUGUCUUCUUUCACCCUGGCCUGACUGGAAGCAGAAAAUGACCAAAUCAGUAUUUUUUUUUCUUUUUUUUUUGAGACGAAACAUUAUUGCCAGAGGCGCCCAGGCAAGCCUGGUUGGCAGCCACGAGUGAUCUUCAAGGGGUCUCGUGGGGGAUCUUGAAUCGGCAUCUCCGGGCCUCGCAGCCCUAUUUGCUUGCUAGUCGUGGGGGGCGGGGGGCAGGGUGCUUCCCUGAAUCCCAAACCCGCCCCUACCUCCUCGGGGCCUCUCCCUGGCCCCCUCCCUCCUGCCUGCCCUGGCCUGUGUCCCCAUCUGGUGGUGCUGAGUCCCUCACCGCCUCAGCCAGAGCCCCCGGUGUGAUCGGUGCUCCCUGUCCGACUGGACUCCUUGGGUCUUGGGGUGGGAUGAGGUUGGGCGGCACCCUCCAUUGGGAGCCUCCCGGGGAGCCCCGAGGCCCUUGGCUCCCGGCCCUGCCCCCUGCCAGCCCCCCACCCCUGGUUCAUCUCUGCCAUGCAUCUCACUCUGGGUGUCUUGGUCUUUUAUUUUUUGUAAGUGUCAUUUGUAUAACUAAACGCCCAUGAUAGUAGCUUCAGACUGGAAAGCAAAAUAAAAUAAUGCGUGUGCAGCCCUGA